AAAUUAAAUAAUUAAAUCAACGAUUCAUUCUCUCUCUCUCUCUUUCAUCUUCUCUUCUUCUGCCUGCAGAGCUCCGAGCAGGGAGAGAAAGAAAGGUUUAGAGUGCACUGUGCGUCGCAGGGUGCUUCUCUAAUUUCUUAUCCUGCGCCUCUCCACCUUCUUCUCCGAGGAACAAAGCUCUUUCACACUAUAAAUUACCGCAUUGAAGAAUUGAAUUUGCGUUUCGGAUCUUAAUAAGCGUUUCUUGAAAUGCUUUGGAUCACGAGAUUCUCUGCAUUUUUCUCCGCCGCGAUGGCAGUGAUCAUCUUAUCUCCCUCGCUUCAGUCGUUUCCUCCCGCGGCGGCGAUCCGGUCGUCGCAUCCGGAUCGGAGUUUAAUCUCAUCCUUCAGAAAAUCCCCGGCCUUCCGCAACGCCGAGGAAUGUCUCUCCUCCGCGGUAGAUUCCAACGUCUGCAACCCUUCAUUAGUCCACGUGGCGAUCACACUCGACGUCGUAUACCUACGCGGCUCAAUCGCAGCCGUCAAUUCCAUCCUCCAGCACUCGCUGUGCCCCGAGAACGUCUUCUUCCACUUCAUCGUCUCAGAGACGAACCUAGAGUCGCUGGUGAGAUCGACUUUUCAAGAACUGAGAUUCAAAGUUUACUACUUUGCCCCUGAGACGGUUCGUGGUUUGAUCUCUUCCUCCGUGAGACAAGCCCUCGAGCAGCCGUUGAAUUACGCUAGAAACUACCUCGCGGAGCUUCUCGAGGACUGCGUUAACCGGGUCAUAUACUUGGAUUCGGAUCUCAUCGUCGUCGACGACAUCGCCAAGCUCUGGAAAACGGGUCUGGGUCCGAGGAUAAUCGGAGCUCCGGAGUACUGCCACGCGAAUUUCACUAAGUACUUCACCGGAGGGUUCUGGUCGGAGGAGAGGUUCUCCGGGACGUUUCGAGGGAGGAGCCCUUGUUACUUCAACACAGGAGUGAUGGUGAUAGAUCUGAAGAGGUGGAGAGGAGGUGGGUACACGAGACGUAUCGAGAAGUGGAUGGAGAUUCAGAGAACAGAGAGGAUCUACGACCUCGGCUCCCUCCCACCGUUUCUGCUUGUUUUCGCCGGUCACGUGGCUCCCAUUCCGCAUAGGUGGAACCAGCAUGGGCUCGGUGGGGACAAUGUUAGAGGUAGCUGUCGUGAUUUGCAUCCUGGUCCCGUGAGCUUGCUUCAUUGGUCCGGUAGUGGCAAGCCGUGGUUAAGGCUCGACUCCAAACGUCCUUGUCCGUUAGAUGCUCUAUGGACGCCUUACGACCUGUAUCGACACUCGCAUUGACGAGCUACACAACAUGUUUUAAAGCAGCCAUUUGGUGUUAUAUGAAGAGACUGGGGAAUAGAGGAAGGUUUCAUCGGAUAUUUACCGGUUCGGUAGAAAAUCAGACGGUAGCUUUUGUUUGUAGAAGAUGAAAACCCUUAACCGGGUAAAAUGGGGUUUGGUUUAGCCAAACCGGAGACAAUUGAGAUUUGGGGGUGGGAUCAUUUUUUGUUGGGGGAAAAAGAAAAAAACAGAAUUAGGUUAUUCAUGUGGAUGAGACUGUUGUUCUUAUCAUUAAUUUGUUUUCCUUAUAUAUUUUUUUGGUAUUUUGUGCAGAUACUUGUAUUAGUGUCCCCUCAUUAAAAAAAAUCAUGUAUGUCUUGGUUAAUGGCCUA